GCAGGGACCAGCAGCUCUGCUCCACCAGAACUCAGCACCAUGAAGCUUUUCACGGGCCUCAUCUUCUGCUCCUUGGUCCUGGGGGUCAGCAGUCAAUGGUAUACAUUCAUUGGUGAGGCUGCUCAAGGGGCUUGGGACAUGUACAGAGCCUAUUCUGACAUGAUAGAAGCCAAUUACAAAAAUUCCGACAAAUACUUCCAUGCCCGCGGGAACUAUGAUGCUGCACAAAGGGGCCCUGGGGGCGCCUGGGCUGCUAAAGUCAUCAGUGAUGCCAGAGAGAGUUCUCAGAGAGUCACAGACCUUUUCAAGUAUGGAGACAGCGGCCAUGGAGUGGAGGAUUCGAAGGCUGACCAGGCUGCCAACGAAUGGGGCCGGAGUGGCAAAGACCCCAACCACUUCCGGCCCCCUGGCCUGCCUGAAAAGUACUGAGCUUCCCCUUGGCUCUGUCCUGGGGGGAAUGGGCUGUGAGGACCCUGGGGACAGGGACCCAGUCAUUGAGUUCUCUGUCCCCAGAGGCGGGGCGAGGGCACCUAAUAGAUGUCUAAUAAAUGCUUAAUGAUACU